AUGCCCCCCUCACCCCUCUACACCCCCCAAGACGUCCCCUCCUUCAAGAAGCGUCGCAACCGUCUCCCCAACACCCGUGCAAAGCAACUCCUCCGUGCCGCAGAGCGUGACUACAACGAUCCCCCUCCGCCGCCUGGACUGGGCGAGUGUUGCGGGAGUUCGUGUGAUCCGUGCGUCAACGAUCUGUGGAAGGAGGAGUUGGCUAUUUGGAGGGAACGCUGGGGGGAUGGAGCAGUUGAGGAUGGAGGUAAGAAGGAGGAUGAUCAGGGAGAUGAGAGCGAGGGGUGUGCGAAGAUGAAGAUGCCAGGGACUGGUGUUGAGCUCGUCGAUGAUAUCACUUUCGCCGGUGCAGUUGACGGACUGUACUUGGCUUUGCUCUUAGAGAGAUCUGCUGAGCAGCUCCCUCAUGCCGGAGGAGCUGUUGUCUCCUGUGGCCAGUUUAGCUACUGGCACUACAUCGACAGCAACGGGAUCCGAAAGCACAUGGCUGAGCUCAUAGCAGACCGGGAAUUAGGCAAGGCACAUCUCGCGGCAACUAACCUCAGCGUGGCCAUCCGAUCCAGCGCUACAGCAGAAGAUCUUCCAAACGCCAGCUUUGCUAGGUAGUAGGAAUCUUACCUCAACAUCGUGGGCGAAGACGCCCUCCUAAACGCUUGUCGACGCCAUUACGCGUCACUCUUCACCGACCGGGCUAUCAGGUACCGACAAGCAAAGGGCUUCAACCACCUUCGUAUCUCUCUCUCCGUAGGCGUGCAGCGCAUGAUCCGCUCUGAUGCCAGCGGCUUUGGGGCAUAUUCUCCAUCGAAGCCGAGCCAGGCUUUGGCAAGGCGUCCACGCGAAACGCCCCAACCUCCCAAAGCCGAACGCUUCGCACUGGUCCUCGGCGACCCCGAACUCCUCCAACUCGCUCGAUGGGUUUGCACCAUCGAAACCGCCUGCAGCUGUCCCAUGGACGUGGAAUAUGCCAAAGACAGCCUCACAAACGCAUUGUUCAUUGUCCAAGCCCGACCAGAAACCGUGCAUUCGCGCCGCGAUGCGACCGUCGCUUUUAAUAUGUACAACAUCGACCACAAGGGCCGCACGCUAACCACUGGGCUGGCCGUAGGUGAUGCCGCUCUCUCCGUUCGGCUCUGUCUAAUCGAGCCUGCGUACGAAAUGGACAAAUUUAUCAACGCCUGCGUUCUCGUCACCGCCACAACCGACCCGGAUAGGGUGCCGAUCAUGGAGCGCGCUGCGGCGAUCAUCACUGACUACGGCGGCCGCACGUCCCAUGCUGCCAUAGUCGCAAACUCGGCGUUCCUGCCAUCGUGGACGCCCUCUUAUGCUCGUGAGGGGUCUGCGCAAGGGAGAGUAUGGGCUGCAGAUUAUGUGAUGUGUGAGAUUCUGCCAAGUGCUGUCCUAGCGGAGCAGUUCGCGGCGCACUUUGAUGGGUUCUUGAUCUGGUCGACUGAUCUCACGCAGCUGAUAUGGGGGAAUGACCACGACUCGGAUGAGUUGGGGGAGCUGUUCUAUGAGCAGGGAGAGGCGACUAAGACGCUGGUUGCGCAGGUUGCUCGCGUGGCACGUAGGGCUGGCUGCAAGGUGGCGGCGAGUGAGCAGAAGCAGAAUGGGGAGAAGCUGAUAAAUCUGAUUUUUAUGAUUUGUGGUGACAGCAAGUGA